AUGACAAUGAAGGAAUUUAGUAAAGAAGUAUCGCAAUUAUGGAAGAAUACACCUGAAAGUAAAAAAGAUGAAUAUAAAAGAAAAUAUGAGAUUAAUAGAGAAAUCUCAAAAAAUUCAAAAAGUAUGUUGAUACAAGAGAUAAUAGAUCUCUUUAAUCGAUUAUCACAAUUAUUGAUCGCUAUUAUUAAUGACUCAUCUGAGAUGUCAUAUUAUGAAAAUAUUUCAACUAUUUUAAAUUUAAAAAUAAGAAUCAUGAUUAAAGUUGAAGAAUAUAUCGAUAAUGUUUUUCAAUUCGAAGAAAAAUCUACCGAAUUAUUAUUGAAAGUUUAUUAUGAUAUAUAUGAAAAAUCAUUCAUUAAUAAUUUGAUACUAUUCAACGAUUUUAUGGAAUGGUAUCUCAAAUUGUAA